GCGAAGGCGGCGGGCCGAGCGAACACUCCCACCUCAGCUCCCUCCCCCCGCAGCAAUCGCCCAGCCCCCGCCCUCUCUCUCCAUCCCGGACCACCGCCCGCGAGGCGGGAGAGCGGCGCCCGCGCCGCCGAGGCUGGCUCCGGCGGUCACGUUCGUCCCCUGCAGCUCUUGCAGUCCCCUCCUCCCUCCUCCCCGGCCCGGGUCUGGAGGCGAUUCCCCUCUAGCGACUGAGCCGAGCGUUUCUGGGCGAGCGGCGCUUCGCCCCCUCCCGGCUUUGUCUCCUCCUCCGGCGAGGCUCCGGGCCCGGCGCAGGGUCUGCAGCGGCCGCCGCAGCGGCGGGAGCCCAGCGGUGCCUCCCGGCGCGGCCGCCCGGGGCCGCACCCUCUCUCGGCGGAGGCGCCGGCGGACAGCGGCCCAGCCACGCACCGCCCGCGUCCCGCGCACCAACGCCGCAGCCGCCGCGGGAGAACCAGCCCACCCGGCCGGCCGGGUCCGAGGCCGGCAGCCCCGCUGGCAGUCGGGUGGGGACGGCGGCUGCUACGGGUCUGGCAGUGCUCCCUGCGCUGCGAGGAUGGAGCAACCACCCCGGCCGCGGACCGGCGCAAGCUCUCCCACGUGCAGGCUUUGAGGGGCACCACCGGCUCUGCGGUUGCCCUGCGGACAUCUUCUGCUCUCCGGACCCGAGCUGGGAGAAAGCAGAGCUCAGCGCAGUCCCCUUUUCUGGGCCCUACGCCCUGGCCAGACCAUUCCGGAAGAGACAUCGACUGGCCAGGACUCCGGAGGAAUCCUGAGUUCGGUCACUCCCAUCCGGCCCCCCCCGGACGCCGCGAGCUCCCUGUCUCCCCACAGCAAGCUCCAGAGUCCCAGGCAGCGGACAGGGGAUGCCCUCGGAGCAGGCUGGGGUGCACCUGCUGAGCGCAAACUCCACACCCUCCCCGGCCAGGCGUCGAGGGGGAUAGAGCGUUGGCCUCCUCCGAAUUCCCUGGAUAACCGAGCCUUCAAGUUUACCCUUGAUGUCAAAGUCAAGGAUCUUCUGAAACCUGAGUGGUGCCUGCUGGGCUGCCACGGGAUCUGCGCGUCUGGUUUAUCCACGCCAAGUGACUGCAGGGUGUGCUCGUUUCCUCGUUCUCUUGUUUGAUGAAGGUGGAUGUUCUCUGUGUACUUUUCAUCUUUAUGAUGGACUUUUAAGAAAGUGAAAUCUAAAAACCACAGAAAGCCCAUCAUUUGCUCACACUGACACAUGGUGAUGAAACAGGAGUUUCAAAUGAAACUCGGAGGAAUUUGAAGCAAGAGGAAAAAUUCUCCGGCUUGGAAACUGGUCAUCAGCAAGCCGUUCCCAGGUGCAGCUUCGGUGCCGGGGAGCACGCAGAGUCCGCAGCAUUGCAGUGAUGCCCAGCUUUCAAGCUCCACACAGCUUCCCUGGGCCAAGCGUGGCUUCAAGAUAACGGCAUCCUGUGCCUGGUUUGGGGAGGAGGAGACAAAUGCACAGAGUUCAGCUCAGAGGUACCCAAGCAUGGACCGGAAUAAUGAAGAGAUACGUGUAUUAGCUGCAGCCCUUUGAACCACGCAAGAAGGAAAUCAACAGUGUGGACAGGGCUGGAAGCGUUACCACACUUGCUUGUUGGAAUAAAUGAAGAAUGGGCUUGUGAUUAUGCUGACAUCCCAGCAUGAAUCUGGUGGACCUGUGGUUAACUCGUUCCCUCUCCAUGUGUCUCCUCCUACAAAGUUUUGUUCUUAUGAUACUGUGCUUUCAUUCCGCCAGUAUGUGUCCCAAGGGCUGUCUUUGUUCUUCCUCUGGGGGUUUAAAUGUCACCUGUAGCAAUGCAAAUCUCAAGGAAAUACCUAGAGAUCUUCCUCCUGAAACAGUCUUACUGUAUCUGGACUCCAAUCAGAUCACAUCCAUCCCCAAUGAGAUUUUUAAGGACCUCCAUCAACUAAGGGUUCUCAACCUGUCCAAAAAUGGCAUUGAGUUUAUCGAUGAGCAUGCCUUCAAAGGAGUCGCUGAAACUCUGCAGACUCUGGACUUGUCUGACAACCGGAUUCAGAGCGUGCACAAAAACGCUUUCAAUAACCUGAAGGCCAGGGCCAGGAUUGCCAACAACCCCUGGCACUGCGACUGUACGCUCCAGCAAGUUCUGAGGGGCAUGGUGUCCAAUCACGAGACAGCCCACAAUGUGAUCUGCAAGACCUCCGUGCUGGAUGAACACGCCGGGAGACCGUUCCUCAACGCUGCCAAUGACGCUGACCUUUGUAACCUCCCUAAAAAAACGACUGAUUAUGCCAUGCUGGUCACCAUGUUUGGCUGGUUCACCAUGGUGAUCUCGUAUGUGGUGUAUUAUGUGAGGCAAAAUCAGGAAGAUGCGCGAAGACACCUUGAAUACUUGAAAUCCCUGCCAAGCAGGCAAAAGAAAGCCGACGAACCCGACGAUAUUAGUACAGUGGUGUAGUGUCCGAACUGACUGGCAUGGAAAAAGAAAUCCGUUUGGGAUUGCAGUAGAAUAAGUGGUUUACUUCUCUCAUCCAUUGUAAACAUUUGAAACUUUGUAUCUCAGUUUCUUUUGAAUCAUGCCACUGUUGAACUUUUAACAAACAUGACAGCAUAACAAAUCAUUUUCGUUUAGGUGAUCCACCCCUCCGUUGUACUCCUGGUGGUAUAUUCCUGAGUCAGCUACUUCUCUGAACCUUAGUUCUAUCCAUCUCAGUAUUUAAUAAUGAAAUUUAUUUUUUUAAUUUGAAACCAAAUAAAAG